AUGAUGAUGAUGGUGAUGCUGAUGAUGAUGACGAUGAUGAUGAUAAUGAUGAUGAUGAAUAUGAUUAUGAUUGUGAUGAUGAUGAUGCUGAUGUUGAUGAAUAUUAUGAUGUUGAUGUUAACGAUGAUGGUGAUCAUGACGUUGAUGAUGAUGAUGAUGAUGUUGAUAACAAUGAUGACGAUGAUGGUGAUGAUGAUGAUAAGGAUGAUGAUGUUUAUGAUUAUGACGAUGAUAAGGAUGAUGAUGAUUAUGAUGAUGCUGAAGUUGAUGAUGAUGAUGAUGUUGAUGACGAAAAUGUUAAUAAUGUUGAUGAUGAUGGUGAUAAUGAUAAGGAUGAUGAUGAUUAUGAUGAUGAUGCUGAUGUUGAUGGUGAUGCUGAUGAUGAUGGUGGUGGUGAUUAUGGUGAUUAUGAUGAUGAUAAUGCUGAUG